GAAGUUCAUCGCUAAUCAAAUUUUAUGAUUGUCAUAAUGUAAAGAUAUUGCUACAAUCUACAAUUUUGAUAAAUUUUAACGUUCACUUUCGCUUACAAUAAAUAAAAAUAUUUAGUGCUUAUAACAUGCAAGAUAUAUUUAUUUAAUGAAUAAUGUUUCCAGAGAAUAUACUAUAUACGGAUCGUUCGGUAUAUUCACAAUCAGUAGCUACAUCAUGGCUCAGUUUAAAUGGCUUCUGAACAAGAUAUUAUUGCAAAGAAUAUUUCUUCUAAGCAUUAGCGGCGCAAUCGCAUCACAAAUCUUAAUGGGUUACAUCGAUUACAACAACCAGGUGGUCGAGUAUAUGGAGUCGAUGUCGUACCGACAAGCCCUGGAAUCUAGCAGGCUGAAAAGUGGUCGAGGACACUUUCCUCUGGAUGAAGCCUGCAAGCUCCAUCAAGAGUCAUCACCCGCGAGGGAUCAACGCAGCGGCUAACGACAGAGCGAACGAGUCACCAUCACGGUUCUGUAAUCAAAACACGCUUGAAUCAAAUAUCAUUAGCAUGAAUCGGCUGUAAGCUUAUCAAAUGUCAUCGGCAAAGUUUUAAAGAAACUUAGAAUUUUAUCAUGCUUAUUUUUAAUCUGGCGAGAUAAUCGUUUACUGUCUAUAAUAAAUGUCACCGUAAGAGAUAACCUUUGGGAUUAGAGUCUAAAAAUCGUUCGAUUACCGUGAGAUAUCUAACGUGACACUUUAUGGAUAUGUAAUUUUAAGUUUUUACAUGUAUAACAGUGAGAGCAAUAAAACUGACAUAGGAAGAAAAAUA